AUGUCUUCGUACACAAUUCCUGCUAAGGCAAUCGUGACCUACACAGACCAAGACUGGCGACUACAGAAUGUGCUCUGCAGGGAACCUGGUCCCAACGAGCUUCUCGUCAAAAUGGUCGCUGUAGGUAUAUGUCACACUGACAUAUCCAACGUGGGCGGGAUCUACCCUCGUAUACUUGGACACGAAGGAGCCGGCUAUAUCUUACGCAAAGGCCCUCAGUGCUCAGAAGAAUUGGCAGGCGGUGAUCCAGUAUUGACAUCCUUCGCCUACUGCAAACGCUGCCAUAUGUGCAAGACAGGACAUCCAGCGCAUUGCAGAGAUCAAAUACCGCUUACCAUCCAAGGUCAGGAUCAGAACUUUGCUCUAGCAGAUGGAGAAGGUGAACACGAGAGGCUUGAGGAUGACGGAUUUGGAAAGAAGAGAGUCAUCAAAGCCAGUUACUUCGGUCACUCAAGUUUUUCGAGCAUUGCCUUGGUCAAGGAGAGUUCUGUAGUGCCCGUCAAGACAUUGAUCGAGAGUGAGGCGGAGCUGAAAAUAUUCGCACCUUUGGGCUGCGGAAUACAGACGGGUGCUUGUGCAGUUGUGAAUAUGAUCAAACCCGAUCCAGCAAUGGAUAGCAUCGCUGUGUUUGGAUUGGGCGGAGUCGGGCUUAGUGCCGUGAUGGCUGCCAGCGCAUUGGGAGUGAAGACGAUCAUUGCUGUCGACAUCCUACCAAACAGGCUACAGCUUGCGCAAGAACUUGGUGCAAGCCAUACCAUCAGUAGCAAAGGCCUUUUAAAAGAACAACUAACCAGCGCCAUCCGUGGUCUGGAGCCAUUUGAUCCAGAAAGAGCAGGCGAAGAAGCUCCAUUUGGACCUACAGGAAUUGUGGAUACUACUGGCGUUCCCUCCCUGCUCCAGGCAGCCUUGGCCUCUGUCGACAGGCUCGGUCGUGUUGUCCAACUUGCGAAUCAAGGGCCAGGAACGUCAGUCACUGUGGGCUUGCCAGAACAUAUGCGAGAUGGAGUUCAGCUUGUUGGCACCAUCCAAGGAGACGCCGUUGCGUCGAAGAGUAUUCCCAUGCUGAUCAAGUGGUACCGUGAGGGCAAGUUACCACUUGAGAAACUCGAGAAAUUCUUCAAAGCGGAAGACUUUGAGCAGGCCAGACACGAGAUGCAUGCUGGAGGCACGAUCAAGCCAGUCUUGACAUGGUAG